GUGGCAAAAGCUGUAUCAAAUGCUCUAAACAGAUGUGUGAAUUGUUUGCCAGGCCAAAGAGAUGUUGAUGCAGCUUUAAGAACUGUUGGUGAGGCCAGCAAAAGACUACUUGCAAACUCAUUCCCACCAAGUGCCAAGAACUUUCAAGAGGCUCAAGGACAUCUAAAUGAAGCAGCAGUUGGUUUAAAUCAAUCUGCCAAUGAGUUAGUUCAAGCAUCUCGUGGAACCACACAAGAUCUGGCAAAGGCAUCUGGCAAAUUUGGCAAAGACUUUGAUGAAUUCCUACAGGCUGGUGUUGAAAUGGCUGGUCAGUCCAAGGAUAAAGAAGACCAGGCUCAGGUAAUUGGAAAUCUGAAGAGCAUUUCAAUGGCGUCGAGCAAACUGCUUUUAGCAGCCAAAGCGCUGUCUGCUGAUCCGACAGCUCCCAACAUCAAAAAUCAACUUGCUGCAGCUGCACGGACUGUCCGAGGAAUGCUGGAUCAUCCCACUGAGGCCGUCAAUGAUUUGUCUUACUUUGAUUGCAUUGACAGUGUAAUGGAAAAUUCCAAGGUUCUGGGAGAGGCAAUGACUGGAAUCUCUCACAAUGCCAAGAACAGUGAUCUACCAGCAUUUGGCGAUUCAGUAAGCACUGGUUCCAAAGCUUUGUGUGGACUUACAGAAGCAGCUGCUCAGGCAGCAUACCUUGUAGGAAUCUCCGAUCCCAAUAGCCAUGCAGGUCAGCAAGGAUUAGUAGACCCAGCGCAGUUUGCACGAGCUAAUCAAGCGAUCCAAAUGGCUUGUCAGAACCUAGUAGAUCCAGCCUGCAUUCAGUCACAGGUCUUGUCUGCUGCCACUAUUGUUGCAAAACAUACUUCUGCCUUGUGCAACGCCUGCCGUCUCGCUUCAUCCAAGACGUCCAACCCUGUUGCUAAGAGACAGUUUGUUCAAUCAGCGAAGGAGGUGGCGAAUAGUACGGCCAACCUCGUGAAAGCAAUCAAGGCACUGGAUGGUACAUUCACAGAAGAAAACCGUGAGAAUUGCCGAGCUGCAACAGUUCCUCUAAUUGAAGCAGUGGAGAAUCUGACAGCAUUUGCUUCCAACCCAGAGUUUGUCAGUGUUCCAGCUCAGAUUAGUCCUGAGGGACUUAAUGCCAUGGAGCCCAUUGUUGUGGCUGCGAAGACAAUGCUGGAUAGUUCAACAGGUCUCAUUCAGACUGCUCGGUCCCUUGCUGUGAACCCAAAAGACCCACCAAAAUGGUCUGUCUUGGCUGGACAUUCUCGAACUGUCUCUGACUCUAUCAAGAAACUCAUUACUUCUAUCAGAGAUAAAGCUCCUGGACAAAGAGAGUGUGAUGAAGCCAUUGAUGUUCUUAAUCAAUGCAUCAAGGAUGUUGACCAGGCAUCUUUGGCAGCGAUUAGUCAGCAGUUGGCACCACGGGAAGGCAUCUCUCAAGAGGCAUUACAUGACCAAAUGGCUGGAGCAGUUCAAGAAAUCAGCAAUCUCAUUGAUCCAGUGGCGACUGCAGCUCGGGCUGAGGCUUCACAAUUAGGACACAAGGUAUCUCAAAUGGUGAGUUACUUUGAGCCACUCACCAUGGCCUCAAUUGGUGCAGCAUCAAAGGCUGUCAAUCACCAGCAGCAGAUGAAUUUGUUGGAUCAGACCAAGACGCUGGCAGAAUCUGCACUUCAGAUGUUAUACACAGCUAAAGAGGCCGGCGGCAAUCCAAAGCAAGCAGCUCAAACACAGGAUGCUUUGGAUGAGUCUGUGCAGAUGAUGAAGGAAGCUGUGGAGGACCUGUCAGGAACACUGAAUGAUGCAGCUAGUGCUGCGGGUGUUGUGAGUGGAAUGGUGGAUGCCAUCAACCAGGCCAUAAACAAGAUUGAUGAAAGUGCUCCAGGUGAGCCAGAUGGUUCAUUUGUUGACUACCAGACCACCAUGGUGAAGACUGCUAAAGCCAUUGCUGUAACUGUUCAGGAAAUGGUUACUAAAUCAACCACCAAUCCAGAUGAACUGGGGACUUUGGCCAAUCAGCUUACCAAUGACUAUGGGCAUCUGGCACAAGAAGCCAAACCUGCAGCUAUAACUGCUGAAAAUGAAGAGAUUGGCAACCAUAUCAAGAAUCGUGUGCAAGAACUGGGUCACAAUUGUGCCUCUUUGGUUCUCAAAGCUGGUUCUCUCCAGUGCAGUCCCAGCGAUGCCUUUACUAAGAAAGAACUCAUUGAAUGUGCUCGCAAAGUCUCUGAGAAGAUUUCCCAUGUGUUGGCAUCCUUGCAGGCUGGCAAUCGUGGAACUCAGGCUUGCAUCACUGCUGCCAGUACUGUGUCUGGUAUCAUAGCUGAUUUGGACACAACAAUCAUGUUUGCUACAGCAGGUACACUAAACCGAGAAAAUGAAGAGACCUUUGCUGACCACAGGGAGAACAUUCUAAAAACUGCUAAAGCUCUGGUGGAAGACACAAAGUUGCUUGUAUCUGGAGCUGCUGCAAGUCAAGAGAAGUUAGCGCAUGCCGCACAGUCCUCAGUUGUCACAAUUACCCGACUGGCAGAGGUGGUGAAAUUAGGAGCCGCAAGCUUGGGCUCAGAUGAUCCUGAAACACAGGUUGUACUGAUUAAUGCAGUGAAAGAUGUAGCAAAAGCCCUGGGAGAUCUUAUCAGUGCGACAAAAGGAGCUUCAGGAAAAGCUUCAGAUGAUCCAUCCAUGUAUAAUCUCAAGAAUGCUGCCAAGGUUAUGGUGACUAAUGUGACUUCACUGCUGAAGACUGUAAAGGCAGUAGAAGAUGAAGCUACUAGAGGAACACGAGCUCUGGAAGCCACUAUUGAGCACAUCCGUCAAGAACUGGCAGUAUGUAUUUCAUGUUUACAUUUAAUAAAG